GGCCACGACACCCAUCACUGAACCCUUCAGGAAUUCUUUCCCAUACUUCAGUUCGGGCAACCGACUUCGCUACAGAAUUUCCGACUACCGUAACAUCAAUCCAUGGCUUCUUCUGUCGAUAAGCUCAGCGUUCUCCUCCUCCUUAUAGUUAGCUCUCUAGUGGUUGCUGCCUGUGCCGGGAACUUCUACGAUAAGGUCGACGUUACGUGGGGAGACGGCAGGGCUAAGAUACUCAACAACGGGGAGCUGUUGACUCUGUCCUUGGACAAGGCCUCUGGCUCUGGGUUUCAGUCCAAGAAUGAGUAUAUGUUCGGAAAGAUCGAUAUGCAGCUCAAGCUCGUCCCUGGAAAUUCCGCCGGCACCGUCACUGCAUACUAUUUAUCCUCGAAAGGGUCCAAUUGGGACGAAAUAGAUUUCGAGUUCCUGGGGAAUCUGAGUGGUCACCCGUACAUCCUCCACACCAAUGUGUUCAGCCAAGGGAAAGGAAACAGGGAGCAGCAGUUUUAUCUCUGGUUCGACCCGACCGCCGACUUCCACACUUACUCCAUCCUCUGGAACCCGCAGCGCAUCAUAUUCUCGGUAGAUGGAACUCCAAUCAGAGAGUUCAAAAACGCCGAGUCGAUGGGAGUCCCAUUCCCAAAAGACCAGCCAAUGAGAAUAUACUCAAGCCUGUGGAACGCUGAUGACUGGGCCACCAGAGGAGGCCUCAUCAAGACUGACUGGUCCAGUGCUCCUUUCACGGCUUCAUACCGGAACUUCAAUGAUGACAAUGCCUGUGUCUGGUCCUCUUCGACUUCCGCCUCUUCUUGCUCUUCUACCACGGGUUCGAGCAGCAAUGGUAAUGCCUGGCUUUCAGGAGAGCUCGACACGACUAAUCAAGAGAGGCUCGAGUGGGUGAAGACGAACAACAUGAUCUACAAUUACUGCAAUGAUUCGAAUCGGUUCCCUCAAGGCCUUCCUCCCGAAUGCAGUAUGGCUUAGAAAAUCAUGCACGUCCCAAUACCAACUGUAUUGGCCUGUUUUCUUUCUUUAAUUAUUGCUAUUUUUUAAUGUUGUUAUCAAUCCAUUCAAUUCAUUCGAUCACGAAUUUGUAUGUAGCAGUUGAUUCAGUAAUGGAAUUCUUUGAUUCGUUUUACGCUAGCA